CAUAAACUAGCCUUAAGGGUCGUCAUCUUCGCAUAUAUAUAUAUGUAUAAAUCCUGAGAAAGUAUAUGCCUUAACAUUUUUGUCUAUAUAUAUACCUUUAUCCGAUCACCCUUCGUUAUCAAAGAGAUUUAGUCGUAAAGAUGGGCAACACAGAAACAGCAAGAACUGCUGUUGGGGUUAUUGGAAAUGUCAUAUCAUUCGGCCUGUUUCUCUCUCCAGUCCCAACGUUUGUGAAAAUAUGGAAGCAGAAGUCAGUUCAAGCAUUCAAGCCAGACCCAUAUGUUGCAACAUUCCUCAACUGUUUGUUAUGGGUAUUUUAUGGGAUGCCAUUUGUGAAGCCUGAUAGCCUUUUGGUGCUCAGUAUCAAUGCUGUUGGUCUUGUCAUUGAGUCCAUCUAUAUUGCCAUUUUUAUCCUCCACUCUGACUGGCCUAAACGAAGGAAGAUUUUCAUUGCACUCUCUGUGGAGGUUAUCUUCUAUGCAAUUAUUGUAGUUAUUAGCAUGAUCGCUCUCCAUGGCAAUGGGAGAAUUAAUUUCGUUGGAAUACUUUGCCUCAUUUUCAACAUUAUUAUGUACGCCUCUCCAUUGACCGUCAUGCGUCGGGUGAUCACCACGAAGAGUGUGAAAUUCAUGCCCUUCUAUCUAUCCCUAGCUAACUUUGCUAACGGUUCUAUUUGGUUCUCUUAUGCUUUUCUCAAAUUCGAUCCCUGGGUCCUGAUUCCCAAUGGUCUGGGAGCACUUUCUGGUGCGAUUCAGCUAAUACUCUAUGCUACAUAUUAUCGGACAACAAAUUGGGACGAAGAAGAGAAUCCAAGUCAAGUAGAAAUGUCGGACAGUGGCAACCAUGUUUAAGAAACAUAAGUUCUUUUCUUGUUUGUUUUUAUGCUCACGUCAAUUUUUGGGGAGCAGCGGAAUUAAACAAGUGGAUUCAUUAAAGGGAGGAAGAAUUGGGCAUUAUUUAUGUAAUAACACAAGUUCUUCUUUUCCUGACUAUUAUGCUAUGUUAAUUACUAUUGUAUCGAGGUUGUAUUGCUUCCUUUCUAAUAAGUGUACGUACAAUUCUUUUGCCACAAUCAUAGUAAUUCAGAAGGUUUGUUUUCUGUUGAUG